AUGCUGCCCUCAACCGUCUGCACUCUUCCCACUGGUUCUCUCUCCCUCUCUCUCUCUCUCCCUCCUCUCUCUCCCUCUCUCUCUCCCUCUGUUCCUCUCUCUCCCUCUCCCCUCUCUCUCUACCUCUCUCACUCUCUCUCUCCCUCUGUUCCUCUUUUUCCCUCUCCCCUCUCUCUACCUCUCUCUGUCCCUCUCUCUCUCUCCCUCUCCUCUGUCCCUCUAUCUCUCUCUCUCUCUCUCUCUUCGUCUGAAUCCUGGGACUGCCGGAGCCGAAGUGACGUAGGAGCAGCCGACGGACCGAGCACGACUACGCUGCUAUCGCUGCAAAGAGUUAAGCCAUGUAGCACAGGAUUGCUCGGGAAACGAGUCCGGGGACAAGGUGCUGUCGCAACCCUUGCCCCCUCUCGGUCAGUAAAUGCGGCAUUGCCUGUUGUCAACGUGUACGUUGAGGGUAAACGAUGUUCGGCGCUCGUUGACACUGGAUGUUCCCGAUCGAUCGUUAGUGCGGAUCGAUGCGUGACAUGGAGCAGUCAACAAAUGGAGAUUCGGAUGAUUGACGGAGUGUCCUGGGCCUGUUGUGGUGUCGGGACUGUAUCAGUCCUCGCAGACGGAGGGAAUCAUGCCAAGGUUUUGGUGGCACGUCAAAGGCCCCUCGGGUACGACCUGCUGCUUGGGAUUGAUGCGAUCCGAGCGUUAGGAGGCAUGAUAAUCACGCCAGCCGGAAAUGUGGAACUGGUUUUUUCUCCAAAUCGAAACGUUUUCAUAGCUGGGGACGCAGGUGCCUGUUUUCAAGCAUUCUUUGCAACGAUAUACAGCUUCAUUGAGGAUUCGAGGCACACAGUUCUCAUCAACGGUCGUAUUGAAAAGCCUGGGACAGACUUCUCGCUCAUUGAGUAG